AUGACCACCCGAACAAUUUAUAUAGUGCCUGCUAGGCCUCAUGCCUCGCAUCAACCCUCAACCAGAAGUUAUACAAAUUCAGUGUGUUCCUCGUCGUCAACUCCGUCCACGUCAAUUCGUCAGAUCACCAUCAAUCGUCACAUCCCAACCCUGACCGUACAAUCGAGCGCAUCCAAUCGUGCAAUAUUACCCAGUACUGCAGCCAUCCUCCAACCGAUCACAAGAGCGUCCACGGCAUCACCGCUACCGACCCUUUCAGCAGCGACAUCAAUUGACGAUUUGCUUGGAUUGUCCGCGAACGAUACCCAUCCUGUUCGGAAACGUGAACGUCUGACGCAUUUGACAGCCGAGGAGAAGCUUAACCGUCGUAAGAUCAAGAAUCGUGUAGCGGCACAAACGGCACGAGAUCGUAAAAAGGUGAGAACGUGUAAACUUGAAGAAGCACUGCAUCAAAUCCAUUCACGGGCCCCAGCAGAGGGAACAGGCGUCGGCGUCGAGCAGGGUGCAACUGGUGAUGAUGGUAAUAGUCUCAUUAAUGGGAUCGAUCUCGAAGAAAUCAUCAACGAACUUUUCGAGGAUGAUCCCGAACUUGAGCAGUUCUGUUCACAAAUGCUUGUUGACGAGCGGCAAGACAGCAGCUCGAAAGCAGAAGAUGAAUCAAAUCAAAGAGAAGAUACUCGAACUACUGCAUCAUCGUCAACAGCAGCCAGUGCUCUUGUCAAGACGGCAUCAACCUCGCAAAACAGCCAAACGAGUCGAGUGGAUAGCCCGACAUCGCAUAUCUAUUUAGCACCCGAAUAUCUCCAUCCCACAACUGAUAAUCACUUAUCACCUAAUCAUAAUGACCAAUCUCCUGCAUCACCCCUACCAUCUUCUGCAUCAUUGUCCCCAUUGCAUGUGGUACCACGAAGUCCGAAUCGUAAUAUCUCAACAACAAACACAACACUCCCAUCGCCAUCCACCUCAACAAUACCAAUUUGUGACGAACCGUUGGAUAUGUCGUUGACAACAAACGAUAUUCACAACAACAGUGCUGCAUGGAAUAUGAAUUAUGAUCUACUGCAAGUUGAUGACGAAAGCAAGUUUGACGACGACUACGACAAAGAGUUUCCGUUCAUUGGAAAUGAUGACCCGAUACUGGGAGCACAGCUGGUUUGGGAUGAUUUCACGAUGGGUGACGAUGAGUUCGAGUUGGCUUCUGAUGCCAUUUAA